GGUAGUUCGCCGGGGCGCCUACUGGUAUCGCCAGCGCGGCAGUGGCGGCUCUCGAGGCUGCAGCUGGCGGUCAAGUGGGGCGAGCCGAGGCGGAGAAAGGGCGCGGAACGUGAACGGUGAGUCAGGCACUGUCUACGCGAUAAAGGGAGGCGGCACUGCGGCGUGGGGCCGAGUUAAGUCAGUGCGGCGGUCUCCGUGGUCUGUUGUGGGACGCCGCCGCCUCAGCGUCAGCGAGCGAAGCCAAGGGUGAGGAGGAGCCGGUGCUGCAGCCGUUCUCGCCGCAGCGCCCCGCCGCCAUGUCCAGCAUGCAGUCCCGGGAAGACGGCCCGCGCUCUCGCCGCCUCUCCAGUCCCCGCGGCGGCAGGCGGCCCAAGAGGAUGUCCAAGCCGUCGGUGUCGGCGUUUUUCACGGGCCCGGAGGAGCUGAAGGACUCGGCGCAUUCUGCAGCCCUGCUGGCGCAGCUCAAGUCCUUCUACGACGCCCGCCUGCUGUGCGACGUGACCAUUGAGGUGGUGACGCCGGGCAGCGGGCCGGGCACGGGUCGCCUGUUCUCCUGCAACCGCAACGUGCUGGCCGCCGCGUGCCCCUACUUCAAGAGCAUGUUCACGGGCGGCAUGUACGAGAGCCAGCAGGCAAACGUGACCAUGCACGACGUGGACGCCGAGUCCUUCGAGGUGCUGGUGGACUACUGCUACACGGGCCGCGUGUCGCUGAGCGAGGCCAACGUGCAGCGGCUGUACGCGGCGUCCGACAUGCUGCAGCUGGAGUACGUGCGCGAGGCCUGCGCCUCCUUCCUCGCCCGCCGGCUGGACCUGGCCAACUGCACGGCCAUCCUCAAGUUCGCCGACGCCUUCGACCAUCACAAGCUGCGCUCGCAGGCCCAGUCCUUCAUCGCGCACAACUUCAAGCAGCUGAGCAGGAUGGGCGCCAUCCGGGAGGAGACGCUGGCAGACCUGACCCUGGCGCAGCUGCUGGCCGUCCUGCGCCUGGACAGCCUGGACAUCGAGAGCGAGAGGACCGUGUGCCACGUGGCCGUGCAGUGGCUGGAGGCCGCCCCCAAAGAGCGCGGGCCCAGCGCUGCAGAAGUGCUCAAGUGUGUGCGCUGGGCCCACUUCGCCCCAGAAGACCAGGACUAUCUGGAAGGGCUGCUCACCAAGCCCGUGGUGAAGAAGUACUGCCGCGACAUCAUUGAAGGGGCCCUGCAGAUGCGCUAUGGUGACACGAUGUCCAAGUCUCUGGCACCAGUGCCAAACAGCAGUGGCAGCGGCAGCAGCAAUAACAACAGCAGCUCUGUUGUCUCAGUGGCAGAAAAUCCCCCCCAGAGGCUGGGUAUGUGUGCCAAGGAGAUGGUGAUCUUCUUUGGACACCCCAGAGAUCCUUUUCUCUGCUAUGACCCAUACUCCGGGGACAUUUACACGAUGCCUUCACCUUUGACCAGCUUGGCACACACUAAGACUAUCACCUCCUCAGCUGUUUGUGUCUCUCCAGACCAUGACAUCUAUCUAGCUGCCCAGCCCAGGAAAGACCUCUGGGUGUACAAACCAGCCCAAAAUAGUUGGCAGCAACUGGCAGAUCGCUUGUUGUGUCGUGAGGGCAUGGAUGUAGCCUAUCUGAAUGGCUACAUUUACAUUUUGGGUGGGCGAGACCCUAUUACUGGAGUUAAAUUGAAGGAAGUGGAAUGCUACAGUGUUCAGAGGAACCAAUGGGCACUGGUGGCUCCUGUACCCCAUUCGUUUUAUUCCUUUGAACUAAUAGUGGUCCAGAACUAUCUUUAUGCUGUCAACAGUAAGCGCAUGCUGUGCUAUGAUCCUAGCCAUAAUAUGUGGCUUAACUGUGCGUCUCUUAAACGAAGUGACUUUCAGGAAGCCUGUGUCUUUAAAGAUGAGAUUUACUGUAUCUGUGACAUUCCCGUCAUGAAAGUCUACAACCCAGCUAGGGGAGAAUGGAGGCGGAUAAGUAAUAUUCCCCUGGAUUCAGAGACUCACAACUACCAGAUCGUCAAUCACGACCAAAAGUUGCUGCUCAUCACAUCUACCACCCCGCAGUGGAAAAAGAACCGUGUGACAGUGUAUGAAUAUGAUACCAGGGAAGACCAGUGGAUUAAUAUAGGUACCAUGCUAGGCCUUUUGCAGUUUGACUCUGGCUUUAUUUGCCUCUGUGCUCGUGUUUAUCCUUCCUGUCUUGAACCUGGUCAGAGUUUCAUCACUGAGGAAGAUGAUGCACGGAGUGAGUCUAGUACUGAAUGGGACUUGGAUGGAUUCAGUGAGCUGGACUCAGAGUCAGGAAGCUCAAGUUCUUUUUCCGAUGAUGAAGUUUGGGUGCAGGUAGCACCUCAGCGAAAUGCACCGGAUCAGCAGGGUUCUUUGUAAAUACUUUUGAAACACUAAGAUGUUUCUUUUACUAUGUGGAAUGUAUCUUUAAAAGAUAACCAUUUUCCUGAAAAAAAAAAGUUGAUUAGGACUGCCGAUUUGGUUUAGAAAGGGCAAUAUUUUGAAAUACUAAUGUAAUGUACAAAAUUUAAACAGUCCCUGAAACCAACCUAUUUAAUAAUUUACUCUGCUAAAAGUCCAGAAUUAAAAUAUGCAAAAGUAAAAUACAUAAUUGAUUAGAAAUCUUGCUGGCUUUUCUCAUUGUUUUGAUUACUUAGUAUGUUUAUAGUUUGAUUAUCCUAAUUUAGUUUUUAGUUAAUUCUUAAG